UUCAAUUAAAGUUAAAAAAUAUGUUUAUGUAAAACAAUAAUGUACUUUAAUUUGUGUACUUAUUGUUUUUUUGCUGUAAUAUAUUUUAUCUUUAUUAUCUAGGAACCCUUAAAAAUAAAAAAACGGAACCGGUAUAGAAACUAAAAAUUAUUAGGCACAGAACCGACAAUCUUAAAAAAUAAUAGCACCUAAGUAGUGCGGAACUGGAAUCUAUAUUUCAUAUGGGUAUAAGUUUUAAUUUUAACCCCUGCUAGGGAGUAUCAAUUUCUCGGAAACUACCGGUCGUGCUGAUCAAGUUAUAAGGCACCAAGAAGCACUACACGUGGAGGGGGAGGGGCUUCACAUUGUAGUCAAACCUUGUAUUUUUUCCCUUAUAAUUUCGUAUACAGGUUAUUGCAACACAAAUAAAUAUACCAAGACUAACUUACUUAAACAUAGCUACUACUAUGUAAAUGGUGAUACUAAUUCAGAAAAAUAUGCAUACAAAUUAUUUAGUUUGUGUGAUGAUUUAUUGCUUAUGUAAAUAACUGGGUAGGUAUAUAUUGGUUAGGUAGGUGGUAAAAGAAUGAGUUUAUUUGCCUUAACUAUAGUAGGCAUUUUUCUAACCACUGUUUUAUCAUCACAAAACUAACUUCGGUAGAAUGGAAAUUCGAGGUAUUUCUAAGGAAUUGCAAGAAAUUGCAGACAACGAGUUGAAUGAGUGUGCUGAAAGAAUCGGUGAAGAUUUGCAACACAUUCGAGAUUGGUUACGACAGCAGCCCCAUUUAUGUGUUAGAUCAGAUGACCAAUGGUUUAUCACAUUUUUGAGAGGAUGUAAAUGGAGCCUACAGCGCGCUAAGGAGAAGCUUGAUUAUUUUUAUGCAAUGCGCACCCUGAUACCGGAAUUCUUCCAAAACCGAGAUCCAAUGGACCCCGCAUUGCAAAGCAUACUCGAACUAGGAUUUAUUUUUCCGCUGCCCAAGACUCAAAAUUCGAGCGGUCCUAGAAUAAUAUUUGUAAAUUACUCAGUGAUUGACUAUGACACAAUCAAUUUCCACGACUUAGUGAAACUUUUCUUCAUGACGCUAGAUCUAUUAAUGGUUGAAGAUGAUAACUUUGUUAUAUCCGGCCAAAUAUACAUCGCCAGAUACGCCGAUUUACCACUCUCGUUUUAUUUAAAGGCCACGCCAACAAUUGCCAAGAAGUUUGCAAUGUGUUGGCAGUUUGCCUAUCCAUUGAGGGUCGCAGGCUUCAUUGGUACAGACACUCCUGUUGGCAUGGAGAAACUGUUUAACGCCUUCGUCAUACCUUUCUUGAGCAAAAAACUCCAAGACAGAAUACACAUGUACAGCUCACAGAAUCAUGAAAAAGUUUAUUCUCAUGUACCGAAAGCAUUUUUUCCAGAAGAAUUUGGGGGAGAAAAUGGAUCGUGUCACGUAUUAGCAGAACAAUGGAAAACCAAAAUGGAAAGUUACAGAGAAUGGUUUUUAGAAGAUGCACAGUACAUGUCGAAGGAAGAAUUACGACCAGGGAAACCGAUAACAUAUAGUGAAGAAUUUGGUAUGGAGGGAACAUUUCGGAAAUUAAUCUUGGACUAAAGUAUAUUUUUGACUGCUAUGAAUUGGAGGAUUUAAAACACCACGGCAAAUUUCCGAGGCCCCCAAUAUCUCAUUUCUAGCUAACAGCGAAUUUCCAAACGUUUUGGCAAUAAAUACUAUAGGUAGACUUAGUCAUUGUACAAACAUACACUAGUGAGGGGUAGUAAACUCUUAAAGCAAAAAUCAUGUUUAUUUAAAAUACCGGGAAUUGCAAACGUGCACGUAACAUGUAAUUCCUUUAAUUGCGUAAAUUUCUCUUA